CGGCCGAGGCUCUUCGAUCUCUUCUUUAAUCCCAGGAUGGCGGGAUAUGUUAUAGAUUUGGAGAGGGGGGAGGCAGUCAGACACGGAAAAGGAAAUCGACUGGCAAGUCUUGGCUAUACCCUUGCUUUGAUCCUCAGUCAGAACAGACUAAAAUCAACAACCGGACUGGCCAUUCCAGUCUGUUGACCAUCUAGAACACCACGCCAUUGCCUUAUUGAUGGUCCCAGCAUCACACAAAACUUUAGGUUGGUGCCUGUUCACUUUCAUCAAGCCUGACGAGCGUAUAUAACCCAUCCUCCACAUCUCCCGGAAACUCUUGGGUGGAUUGGAUGUGGCCAUAUCUACUAUCUACUAAGAACAAUUACCUCUUUUGUUUUUCAACAUCGCUUUCUCGACUCUUUCCUACCGCAACAGCAACUACAUAGAUAGCCUCCGCCAUGGGUGUCUUAAGCUCGGUCCUCCUCCCCGACUCAAAGGGCCCGGAUGACUUCAAAUCAACACACACAAGCCCAAUUGGCCUGUUUGAUAUUCGCUCCCCUCAACUCAAGCCCCUGGAUGGUGAUGGUCACUUUGAAAAGUCUGCACUCCAGGAGCUUGGCGAACGGAGCCUCAAGCUCGACCUUGGUCUUCGCUCGGGCUUUCUCCCGAGCAGUCCUCCCGUCUGCCGCUUGGAUGGUCCAUGGGCACGCUGGGAGGACGCUUUGGAUGCUGCCCGCGGGCUCCAUCUUGGGCUGGGUGAAGCCGAUGAGCGCACUCGACGAUGGAGGCAGAUGAUUCGCGAGGAGCUCCCGGUCGUCGACAUCGACAGUCUGGAGGAGCACGAUGUGGCCCAACUGCGACGCGCUCACUUGGUCCUGGCCUUCCUCAUGCACUUCUACGUUCAUAGCGGCAAACUCCUCGAUGAGUCAACACCCAAUCAACUCGAGAAGAUCCCAAAAGGAAUCGCCGUCCCGUUAUGUGCCGUCAGCAACUUACUCGACAUGCCUCCCGUGCUCACAUAUGCCGACACUGUGCUUUACAACUGGCGUCUGGUCAAUCCGGCUGAGGGAUUCACUCCAGACAAUAUCGUGAUCCACACGACAUUCACCAAUACUCCUUCGGAAGAGCACUUCUUCAAGACUUCAUUAUUAGUCGAGGUUCUGGGGCCGACCUGUCUCUCAUUAAUGAAACUAGCGAUCGAUGAAGCCAUCGUGGCCGACACGCUCUCGGUUACCCGAAUUGCUUCCAGUUUGCUAGUACUCACCACCCUGAUUGAUCGUCUGCGGGAUAGUACGCUCAUCCAUGCUCUCGACAUCUUCCUCGGUGUCGACCACAGGCCGCAUCCCAGCGGCAGCCAGACAUCCUCAAACCCGAUGAAGCUGCAGGGCGUUCCGAGCGGCGAAGAAACAUUUAUGGCCCGGAUGGCCGUCUACAUGCCCUCGCACCAUCGCCGGUUUCUCUCCGAAUUGGCUGCGAGCCUUAAUGAACACUCCUCCAAGAUCACUACCUUCCCUAGCCUGCCCGACGUGGCCACCCACUCCGUUCGUUCCCUCGCCCUCGCCUCCCCCGCCACGUCGGACCUACGCUCCAGUUACAACGACUGUGUCGCCGCGCUCGGCCGGCUCCGCUCCACCCACAGCAAGGUAGUCCUCCUUUAUAUCGUCUCCCAGAGCCGCCAUCCUCCACCCGAGGGAAGCGCAUUCAUGGAUGCCUGGCUCGAGAAACAACGGCUAGAGGCUGAGAAGACCCGUCAGCCUGCAAGGGCCCAUCUAGGCACCGGUGGGACCGACCUUGCAAAGUUCUUGAAACGCUGUAGAGAGAGAACUACAGCUGCUUUGAUCGAUUGACGGUCCUCCUUCUUGUUUUUUUUUUUUUCUUU